AUGGCCGCGAUUGGGGCCGGCGGUGCGCUUGAGACGAGGAAGAGGAGCGAUGGCAAAGAUCUUCCAUCAAAGCCGAGCGGCGAAUCUACGCAGAUCUUCUUCGCGGCGCUGAUCAGAUCCUGCGGCGACUGCAAGGAUCUCCACCGGGGGAGGAGCGUCCACGCUCGGAUCCGGCACAGCGAGCUCCACGACGACUGCUUCCUCGCCAAUCUCCUUGUGCAGAUGUAUGGCAAGUGCGAGAGCGCGGGCGAGGCGCUGGCGGUGUUCCGGGAGAUCAAAGCCCCCAAUCUCUUCUCCUGGACGACCAUGAUCGGCGCUCUCGCACAGAACAAGGAUAUCGAGAGCGCCAAGCGGCUCUUCGAUCGGAUGCCGGGCUGGAGCACCCCCGCCUGGAACGCGAUGAUCGCUGCCUACACCCAGAACGCCUGCCUGGAGGGAUCCAAAGGGAUCUUCGAUCAGAUGAUUGUCCGCGACAUCGUCUCCUGGACGUCGAUGCUCCAGGCGUUCGUCGCUGGCGGGCAAUUCGCGCCCGCCAAGGCGCUGUUCGAUGCCAUGCCCGAGAGGAACGUCGUCUCCUGGACCGUGAUGCUCCAGGGCUUUACGCUCUCUGGGGAUCUGCGCGAUACUAAAACGUUCUUCCAAUCUAUGCCUGUCCGGAGCCUCGUGAGCUACAACUCAAUGAUCGCUGCGAUGUCACGCCAUGGAGAACUCGAUUACACCAAACAUCUCUACGAAUGUAUGCCCGAGAGGAACAUCGUCUCUUGGACAAGUGUUCUUCAGUUAUUUGCCGCGAGGAGGCAUCUGGGGGAAGCAAAAGCAGUGUUUGAUUCAAUGCCAUACGCGAACGUCAUUACGUGGACGGUACUCUUGCAUGGGUACGUUCUCUCAAACGAGGUGGACUCGGCACGUUGGGUGUUCGAUUCUAUGCCCCAAAGAACAGUGGUAUCUUGGACGGCCAUGCUUGUAGCAUAUGCCCAAUUAGGGCAUCUAGAAGAAGCUAGGGCUCUAUUCGCGGCUGUGCCCGAGAAGGACCGCGUCGUGUGGAACGCGAUGCUGAUGGGAUUCGCCGAGAAUGGCGAUCUCCCCAGCGCGGAGCACAUCUUCUACGCGAUGCCAGACAGGGACGCCAUCGCCGCCACGGCGCUCAUCCAGGCGUAUGCCCAGAGUGGGAACCUCGCGGGCGCGGCAAGGGCUUUCGAGUUGAUUGAGGAGAGGGAUGUGGUGGCGUGGAAUGCGAUCAUGGCAGCGUGCGCGCACUGCGGCAGGGGCGAUCUGGCGCUGGAGAUCUUCGCCCGGAUGGAUGUGGAGGGGAUUGGGCACGAUCAUAUCUCCUUCACGAACGCGCUCGUUGCAUGCAAUCACGCUGGGCGGAUCGAAGCGAGCUGGGGAUACUUCACGGGCAUGGCGGCGGAGCACGGGAUCCAGCCGGCGGUGGAGCACUGGAACCUCAUGAUGGACAUCCUGGGGCGAUUGGGACAUCUUGGGCGAGCGAUGGAUCUGAUAGAGAGCAUGCCAUUCGAGCCGGACGCCAGGGCAUGGGGAUCGUUGCUAGGUUCUUUUCGGAUCCACCGGGCAGUCGAGAAUGCCGCGGUGGCGGCGCAGCGGCUCCAUGAUCUAGAUCCCCAGAGCGCCGCCUCGCACAUAGUGCUCUCCAACAUCUACGCGGCCGCUGGGAAGAUGGAGGAUAGGGAGCUCGUGAGGAGCCGGAUGAAAGAGAUGGGGCUCACGAGGAAGGCCAGGGGAGAGGGGGGAAUUGGAGGGAAUUGGAAGCUCCAGAGGAUGGGCGGCGAUGGCGGGCAGCAAAUGGCGGCCUUCUUGGAGCUCAUGACAAGCGAAGAAUCCUAA